AUGUUGUCUUCCAAGCUUCUCUUGGCUCUCCAGGCUGGCCUUGCCUUGGCCACGCCGAUGCGAGUAUCAGCACCCCCGGCUGCCGCCCGGUUGACUGUCCGUGAGGAAGGGGUGUACAAUGCUAGCCACCCCAACAUUACCAUUUUCGCGACUGGAGGUACCAUUGCUGGCAGCGCGUCCAGCAGCGACCAGACCACUGGGUACCAAGCGGGUGCCCUCGGUGUCGAGACUCUGAUCGCGGCUGUUCCGCAGCUGUGGAACGUCUCCAACCCAUCGGGCAUACAAGUUGCCAAUGUGGGCUCCGAAGCCAUCACCCCGGCGAUCCUGCUCAACAUGACCAAGCAGAUCCAGGCUGAGCUUGACAGCCCCUACUGCCAGGGCGUUGUUGUCACGCAUGGUACCGACACCCUCGAGGAGACGGCCUUCUUCCUCGACCUCACUCUCCGCACCGAGAAGCCAGUCGUCAUUGUGGGUGCAAUGCGCCCGGCAACUGCGAUUAGUGCCGACGGCCCCAUCAACCUGCUCGAGGCCGUCACUCUUGCCGCGAGCGAGUCCGCUCGGGGCCGAGGUGCCAUGGUGGUGCUGAACGACCGCAUCGCCAGCGCCUACUACGUGACCAAGACAAACGCCAACGCCGUCGACACAUUCAAGGCUUACGAGCAGGGCUUCCUGGGUUUCUUCAUUGACAUCAAGCCCAUAUUCUACUAUGCUUCUGCCCUGCCAGUGGGUAAGCCAUACUUUGACCUGUCCAACACGACCGUCUUGCCCCAGGUUGAUAUCUUGUAUGGAUACCAGGGCCUGAACCCGGCUCUUGCGACUGCAGCUGUUGAGACUGGUGCCAAGGGUCUCGUACUGGCCGGUAUGGGCGCCGGAGGCUGGACGGAUGACGGGUCCGAGGUCAUCACCAGCCUGAUUGCCGAAAACGGUACGGCCGUUGUCGACUCGCGCAGAACAAUGGACGGCUAUGUCGAGGCUGCCGAUACCGAGGGAUACUAUGGUGGCGGCUGGCUGAACCCGCAAAAGGCCCGCAUCAGCCUUCAGCUCGCCAUCAAUGCGGGUUAUGCUGAUGCUCAGAUGAGGACGCUAUUCGAGUUUGCUGGUUAA